UCUUCUGGUGCCCCAGGGCUCUGCAUCUGUGAUGCCUUGGGGUCUGGGGGUACCCUGGGUGACCUGGGACUUGCUAUUUGGGUCCCUGGACCCCAGAGUUUGGGGUGCUCCAGGGUCCCGUGCCGCCUGAGGCUUUUGCAUUUGGGGUAUGCCAGGACCCCCCCAGCCCCCCGGGGGCAGCAGCUGAGGUGCCACCUGCCCUGUCCUGUGGGGCAGCAACGUCCCGGAGGUGCCCAGCCGGGGGGGUCCUGGGGGUGCCUGGCUGCAGCCCCUUUCAGGGUAGGCUUUGCCGCGUGUGCCAAGCCAGCCUCAGCUGAAUUGCACUAGAAAAGGGGGUGCUGGCAAGGGGGUCCCCCUGGGCUGCGCGCCCCAGAGCCGCCCUCCCACGGCCCCUUUUCCCAGGGAUGCUUUCCCAGCCCUUCCCAAGGAAAGGCCUUGACUGAUGCAAGUGGGUUGUCUCCACCCGGGCUCGGGGUAACUCCACCUCCCGGCAGCUCCUCCCAGCGCUCAGCCCAGCUGGGAUAUAAGCAAGUCACUCAAGCAGGAGCAGCUGAGACAGCUGGGUGGGUGGCGUGGGACGCCGAGCUGUGACCUGUGCCGUGUCCUUCGCCUCGACGCCGGACCCCAUGGCGACGCCUUCGCAGAAGAGGAGCACCCGCAGCGGGGCUUCGGGGACCCCCUUGUCCCCCACCCGUAUCACUCGCUUGCAGGAGAAGGAGGACCUGCAGGAGCUCAAUGACCGCUUGGCUGUCUACAUCGACAAGGUGCGCUCGCUGGAGCUGGAGAAUGCCGGCUUGCGGCUCCGCAUCACCGAAUCCGAGGAGGGUGGUGCCGCGAGGGUCUCGGGCAUCAAGGCUGCCUACGAGUCGGAGCUGGCAGACGCUCGCAAGACCUUGGAUUCGGUGGCCAAGGAGAGAGCUCGGCUGCAGCUGGAGCUCAGCAAAGUCCGGGAGGAGCACAAGGAGCUGAAAGCCCGGAAUGCCAAGAAGGAAGGGGACCUGCUGACUGCCCAGGCGCGCCUCAAGGAUGUGGAGGCUUUGCUCAACUCCAAGGAGGCUGCGCUCUCCACAGCCCUGGGUGAGAAGAGGAAUCUGGAGUCUGAAGUGCGGGACCUGAGGGCGCAGGUGGCCAAGCUGGAAAGCGCCUUGAACGAAGCCAAGAAGCAGCUGCAGGAUGAGAUGCUGCGCCGCGUGGAUGCCGAGAACCGGCUGCAGACGGUGAAGGAAGAGCUGGAAUUCCAGAAAAACAUUUACAGCGAGGAGCUGCGGGAGACCAAGCGCCGCCACGAGACCCGGCUGGUGGAGAUCGACAACGGGCGGCAGCGGGAGUUUGAGAGCAAGCUCUCCGAAGCCUUGCAGGAGCUGCGGAGCCAGCACGAAGCCCAGAUCAGGCUUUACAGGGAGGAACUGGAGAAGACCUACGGGGCGAAGCUGGAGAACGCCAAGCAGUCGGCUGAGAGGAACAGCAACAUGGUGGGUGCUGCCCACGAGGAGCUGCAGCAAACCCGCGUCCGCAUCGACCACCUCUCCUCCGAAGUCAGCCAGCUCCAGAAGCAGGUGAGUCGGGACCCAGGGAUUCAUUCCUUUGGGCCCAAGGAGGCGAAGCUGCACGAUUUGGAGGAUAUUCUGGCCAGGGAACGCGAGACCAACCGGCGCCUGCUCUCCGACAAGGAGCGGGAGAUGGCCGAGAUGCGGGCGCGCAUGCAGCAGCAACUGGAUGAGUACCAGGAGCUGCUGGACAUCAAGCUGGCCCUGGACAUGGAGAUCAACGCCUACCGCAAGCUGCUGGAGGGCGAGGAGGAGCGGCUGAGGCUGUCCCCCAGCCCGUCCUCCCACAAAGGCGCAUCCCGGAGCCAUUUGUCCACCCCGGGCUCCUCCAAGAAGAGGAAGCUGGAGGACAGCGAGAGUCGGACCAGCUUCUCCCACCACGCUCGGACGAGCGGCCGCGUCGGCGUGGAGGAGGUCGACUUGGAGGGCAGAUUUGUCCGUCUCAGGAACAAGUCCAACGAGGACCAGGCGAUGGGAAACUGGCAGAUCAAGCGGCAGAACGGAGAUGAUCCCCCCAUCACCUACCGCUUCCCCCCAAAGUUCACCCUGAAGGCUGGCCAGGUGGUCACGAUCUGGGCUUCGGGAGCGGGGGCCACCCACAGCCCCCCCAGCAACGUGGUGUGGAAAUCCCAGAGCAGCUGGGGCUCCGGUGACAGCCUGCGCACCGCCCUGAUCAACUCCAACGGCGAGGAGGUGGCCAUGCGGAAACUGGUCCGCACCGUGAUCAUAAACGAUGAAGAUGAGGAUGAGGAUGAGGAUGGAGUUAACAUCCACCACCGCCAUCACCACGGUAGCUGCGGUGGCCCUGGGGACCCUGGUGAAUACAACCUCCGCUCGCGCACGGUGGUCUGCGGCACGUGCGGCCAGCCAGCCGACAAGUCAGGCAACCAGAACGCUGGGAUCAACACCGUGUCCUCAGGCUUCACUUCCAGCGUGACCGUCACCCGCAGCUACCGCAGUGUGGGUGACUCUGGCAGCAUUGGCCUUGGGGACAACCUGGUGACUAGGAGCUACAUCCUGGGCAACUCCAGCUCCCGUAGGCAGGCUCAGGCUGUGCAAAACUGCAGCAUCAUGUAACUCCGUGGCACCAUUCCUGUGUUUCCUGGCCAUCUUGAGCUAGUUUUGUUGUUUUGUUGUUUGUUUUUUUUCCCAAAGCAAAAGAAAAUUUUUUUCCUUAAAAAAUACGAUACCAAAAACCAAGGUGGGGUUUUUGUUUUCUAUAGCAGGAGUUUUAUAUAUAUAUAUAUAAAUAUAUAUAUUAAAAAUGCUAAAAGAUGCUUUUUUUUUUUUAAAGAAAAACUCUAUUUCUAUAAAAAAAAACCAAAUAAAAAAAAGCUUUUUCAGCUUCAAAAUUUUUUUAAAACUUCAGCCAAAGACACCGAGGAAUCGUGUUUACCGAACAGCCAUGCAGGAAGAGAUUGUAGUUUAAUAGCUCUUUAGAUUAUAUCUUUUUUGCAAAGCUCUUUAUAUAGGACCGGGAGAAGCGAAGCUAUCCCCACCGGAGCUGCGCGGCGCCGCGGCACGAGCGGGUCCGCAGAAGCGCUGGGGCAGAGGCUGAGCGCCCCGAUGCUGGUGCAGAUCAUCCUGCCGGUGCUGGUGGGUGCUGGUGGGCACGUGCCACGGAGGGUUGCCGUCUCAAGCAGAGCACAGUGCCUUUGCAACCCUUCUCUUUUUCUAGUUUUUUGUUUUGGUUUUUUUUUUGGUGGAUCUGAACCCCAAAUUCCCUUCCUUUUUUUUUUUUUUUUUUUUUUUUUUUUUAAUUUUUUAUUUCACUGCCACACCGGCGUGGGGGGCUCCUGGCAGCUUGCGGGUAAUGCCCCACGUCUCUCUGUGGCCGUGUGGGCAUUAUCCCCCCUUCCCAGCCCCUUGCCCACGUGCACUCCCAACGCUCCACGUACUGUAUUUCCCAUCCAAGGCACCUCUUUGCCCUUUGGGUUUGUUUUUUUUUAAUUUUAUUUUUAAGCAGCCGAGUUGUGCCUUAGCCCAGGUGGGGGCUGCUCCGGAGCCGGGCUGGAGCCCCCCCAGGACCUUGCACGGCAUUGAGGGUAGAUGGAGUAGGGGAAGUGAAAACCUGCCGGAGCUGCAUCCCGGGACCAGAUGGAUUUGGCAGAUUGGGUGGUGGACCUCACUCCUGCAGGCUCGGAGCCGGUGGGACCCCCUUGGACCCCCCUUUUUGGGGGCUGCUGCAUCCAGUGUGGUUCACCUCUGUUCUUCUCGGCUGCGGUUAGUCGGGCUCUUCUCUGGUGGCAGGAGCUCAGGAGCCCAUUUCAGGGCAGGAUGAGGCCAAGGAUGCUUAGUUGGGACAGGGCUGGUUUGCCAGGAGGGCGCUGGAGGAGGCUUUUUGGGGUGAGGGGGAUUUGGGGGGUCUGGCACGGGGGGCUCCUCUCUCUGCAAGGGUCCAUCCAGCUGUUAACAGAGAUUUCAGCUUUUUGCCUCGAUCGGGGUGUGCCUGCAGCACCCCCUGCCUCGAGUGCAGCCUGGGGGAGGGGGGGGCCAGGUUCAGUUCCCCAGCACAAGCCCCCCCACUCCGGCGGGAUCUGGUGGGACCCCGUAUGUAUCUGUGCUUGCAAAGCUUCUGUAUUACUGCCUGUAUUUCCUUCCAGAAUCAAUACAGCCAAACCCUUCCCA